AGGUAUUGAAUGUAAUAAUGGCUGCAAUAAGUUUGCUGCCUGGCGGUCUUACAUUUUGUGGGAAUAUUUAGUUAUUUAUCAUCAAACAUCCUGAAUUUUGAAUAUAUUUGGAGUGGGACUGAUUGUAUUUCUUUAAACCAAAUUAGAACAUCGGAAGAGCUACCACUGAUUGAAGUUGUCACACUGGGAAUUCUAACUGUUUACAUGUGUCCACGCGUAAAGGUAGCCAGUUCAUAUUGUACGGAUGCUACGACGGACAGGAUGGCUGUCUUUGCUGUCAAUAGAGCUCAGCGACAGCUGGUCGAGUUGUAUCGGCCGGAGAUUGAGCAAAAGUUCCGGGUUGGUGUUCAGCUAAGCACGUACGCCGAUCCCACGGCGGACGAAGGAGGAAACUCCGGGGGGCGAAUCGCUCCCGUGCACGGCGGUGGUUUGUUGGACAUGUCAGAUGGCGGGCAAAUUUUGCAAGAAUCUCAACAGAUGUGGGUGGAAAUUGCCGGGGAUUCAUCAGUUGCUGUUAAAGCAAAGGAAUACAUUCUGUCUCUUUGUGAUCGUGGAACAGUGCCUUCAAAGACCAUGGGUCGACCGCAAGACAGAAUGACGAUCACCGAACGGCUUCCGUACGGAUUCGGCGACCUCCUGCACGGGCAUCUCGACAAGAUCUCGACGGAGACUAAUACGAGAAUCGAGCGCGUCGGCAGAACGGACGAACUAAUUCUAAACGGAGACGAAACGCAUAUUGCAAUGGCGUUAUCACUUAUCGAGAAUGAGUGUAGCAAAUUACGGCAGGAGCAGAGUCAGAACUCAUACGGGAUGAUACAAAGAACAUCGUCUAAGGAUGAUUCACCUAGAAACAGACUGCAGGACGAGGGAAACGAUGUGUACAUUCCUUUGGUUGAAACGGAUUCACAAAACAGAACUCUAGAGGUGCGGACAAACAAACCAACCGAGCUGAUGAGUAACCAAUCGGAGAGGACUCAUGAGGAACCUGUUAAACUCAUCGCUCACAGUAUUAACGUCCACGCCUCGGACGUCCAACCUCUAAAUCCCCAACGUCAAGACCAGAAAAACAAUAGCCUCGUCAGCAGUAUGCAGAAACUGGGGUACCCCAAGGAGCAAGUAGAUAUUAUUUUGAGACAGUUGGGCCCCGAUGCGGACCACAACGACGUCUUGUGGGCUCUGGUGAACCAGAACUCCUCGAAGACGGAGUUUGCCGAUGUUGUCGAUACCAAAGAGGAGGCUGAGAUCAGAAGAGACAUGAGUGACGGAAUUCCUUCGGAGGAGACUGCGGACGAGUCGGACAAUCUCAGACCAAUUAUUAUCGACGGAAGCAAUGUGGCGAUGAGUUUCGGUAAUAAGGUGGUUUUUGCCUGCAAGGGUAUCGAAGUUGCUGUGAAGUGGUUUUGCGACAGGGGUCACAAAAAGAUACACGUCUUUGUUCCCAAUUGGCGGAAAGAAGCAUCGAAACCCGAGACCCCAAUAACAGACCAAGACAUCCUGACUAGAUUGGAGCAACAGAAAUUCCUAACGUGGACGCCAUCUCGUCGUAGUGGCGGGCGACGCAUUGUCUGCUACGACGAUCGCUACAUCCUUCGCACUGCCGUAGAAGAGGACGGAAUUAUCGUCUCCAACGACAACUUCCGAGACAUUCAGAACGAGAAACCAGAGUGGAGGAAAGUUAUCGAGGAACGGCUGUUGAUGUACGCCUUUGUGAGUGACAGGUUUAUGCCCCCCGAUGACCCUCUCGGUAGAUACGGCCCUAGCCUGGACAACUUCCUCCGCAUGAAACCAACAAUGCCGGACCACCUUCCCCAGGCUUGCCCCUACGGCAAGAAGUGCACCUAUGGCAACAAGUGCAAGUAUUACCACUCGGACCGCCCAAACCGACCAAUGAAAUCCAUCAGCGAGACCUUGAAAGAGCACGACAAAAAGCGCAAGGAAGCAGCGAAACUGAACAAUGAGCGCAGCAACAGCCCGAGAUUUACCGCCGCAUCCACGGCGCCCAUCCCUGGUUACCGGCCCCCGGAGGAUGUGACCACCACACACGACUGGCAAACCGCCCCGCUACCCGGAGCAAACACGCAAUGGAGCCCCCAGCGCAAGAGCGUCGUCUCCGAUUCAAUCACGUCGCCGGUAUCGACAAAGUCUAGCUCCCCGCAUCAUUCAUAUGCAAAAGAACCAACACCCCAAGCACCCUACCAAAGGGAUGAGGUAUACUUGGGACAAGACCAACAGCGGUAUCAUCAGAACAUAGGAGGACAUCAGUCCCUUAGUCAGGUGUCUCCACGGCAUCUUAACACCCCACCAUUAGGGAGAGCGGGACAUACCUCCCCGUUACCCAACUACACGUCAAACUCUCAGAGAGCCAACCAGCAAGGCAUGUACACGGUGCCGCUCCAAAGUUACUUCACUCUCAAUCAGCCGGAGAGGGGGUACGCGCAGUUUGAGGAAUCACACAACAGCAAUAGAUUGUCCAUGCCAGCAACUAUGUACGGGUCGGGUGAAUCACUGGGUGUUACUCCCUCUGGAAUCAAUGUUGAGAGGCGACCGUCUCAUGAGCUAGUUUCAGGUUUCCAGAGGCUCGGCAUGCAAGAUCCUCAAAGUGGAAUCCAUUUGCCGCAGGAGCCCCAACAUAGCUUCAAUAAUUACAGGCAACCACAGUACCAUAGUGGGGAACAGUUCCCAGGGCAGAUGCAGCAGCCAUCCCACCCUGCCGACUACAACCAGGGUACAACACAACCCCUGCCUUACCCUUCAAGGCACCGAUCCUCCCCGAUGUCGUCCGACCAGAGGAUGUUCUCCCCACCCAGGCGUUCCGUUUCACAAGGGUACCCCUCCCACAGCGAGCCCAGUCACCAGAACUACCAGCCCUCGCCCCAACCCAUGACACGAGGGCCGUACAGACCCGCUGAGCCUGCUAAGAUAACCUCAUCGGAGGAACAAGGGAGGCAGAAUAUUCUUCACCAUAUGUCGGGUAUCUUCGGGGCGAAGAAAGUGGAGGCGGUGAUGAGAAGGCAUCCGACUGAGACAAACCCACAGAAGCUGGUUAUAUAUUUGUCCACUAAUACAUAGGGAAGUGGAGACGUGGAUUUGAUAGUUGCCAAAGACGUUGGUCAGAUAAUUGAUCACUAACACAUUUAGAGGUGGAUUACUGAAGUGGUUUUGACGUGCCUUUAUAAGAUAUAACUGUGUGCACUCAUUAAUGCUAUCACAUGCUGAAAAAUAGGUGUUUGGAAAAGCUGCCGACAUCGGUAUCACUGAAGUGGAUGUGUGUCCACUGUUAAAUAUAUAAGUAUGUCCACUAAAGUGGACAGGUUGCUAUUUCAAGUACAUGUAUAUUCACUAUAAAUGCUUGCAUUCUGACAUGUCUAAAAACCAUGUUGUAAGUGGAAAUGUAACCUUUUGAUACAAGUAUACCCACUAAUGCUAGCAUGCUGAAAACCAAAUUAGUGGAAAGGUUGCUAUUUGAUGUAAAUCCCACAUGUUGAUGAAAACCAUGUAAGAGGAAAGGUUACUAUCCACUAAUGCUAUGCUGAAAAUCUUGUUAGUGGAAAGGUUCCUAAUUGAUAGAAGUAUAUCCACUAAAGCUAGCAUUGAAAUCCUUGUGGAAAGGUCCCUUGUUGAUAUAAAUAUAUCCACUACUGCUAGCAUGCUGAAAACCAGUCAAGUGGACAGGUUGCUAUUUGAUAUCAACCAACUGAAAACCUUGUGGAAAGGUUCUUUAUUCAUAGAAAUAUAUCCACUACUGCUAGCACGCUGAAAACCAGUCAAGUGGACAGGUUGCUAUUUGAUAUCAACCAACUGAAAACCUUGUGGAAAGGUUCUUCAUUCAUAGAAAUAUAUCCACUACUGCUAGCACGCUGAAAACCAGUCAAGUGGACAGGUUGCUAUUUGAUAUCAACCAAUGCUAUACUGAAAACCUUGUGGAAAGGUCCUUAUCAUAGAAAUAUAUCCACUAAGUUGACUAAUGCUAGCGUGCUGAAACAAUGGAAGUGGAAAGGUCAAUAUUUGUUAUUUAAACAGUUGCUACAAUACAGAAAGUGUUUUGUUUGUUUAAGAAUAGAAUUUCAAAGCAUUUCACAAACUAAUAUCGCUUUCGGUUAGAUCUAUUUUGACUUGAACUUUGCAUCUGGUAAGUCAAAACCUUUGAUUGUGGAGCAAAAGGAAAUUAUAAAACAAUUAGUUCCAGGUUUGUUAUGAGUGAAAAGAGAAAAAGUUUUUAUUAACGUGAUAGGAUUUUUGUUAUCCAUUGUCAUAGAUUUAUUUGAAUGCUAUGAAAUCAUUUUGUAAUUUUUAUCAGGGUGGUCAGGUUGGCGUAGUGGUAUCUUUCCUUGCCUUCCACCUCUGGGACUCUGGUUCGAAUCCCGCCGGGGGCACUAUGUGGUUUGGGUUUGUAGUUCCUACCUGACUGCGGUGGUUUUCCCACGAAUAACUCUGUGAGGUUUUCCUCCCACAUCUAAAAAUGAAACUUCCCUUCUUGUUUUCUACCCCGGUCAAGUUACUGAACAGGCUUUGACAAGAACUAUCUGUAGAUGUAGUUUUGAUAUUUCUUCAUCUAUAAAGUUGAAGGUAAAAUGGAUUUUAAAUCAACAUUUAAAAUUUCAAAGAAAAUUAAAUUUAAAAGGGUAAAGACGAGACCUUACAAAGGUCAAUUAAUGUCAAAUAUUUAUGAGUGGUGUUGGAGAUAAUGUAACACGAACGUUAUAAAAUAAAGGGUUCGAACUGCCUCUAGCUACCGGGCGAUCUCAGUGGUCUAGUUGGUAAGACACUGCUCUAGAAUUGCAAGGGU